AUGACACCAUGCGCUGAGAUUGCACUCCUCACCGCUGACCUCAACAUCACGAGCUCUGAUCAAGCUGUGAGGAUUCCUGCAAAGCUGGGCUACGAUUGCCUCACGAGCAUACCAUUCAAUUCGAGCGCGGCAGUGCAAUUGCUCGACUCUAUGCGACCCUACAUCGACUGGCAGACCACCCUCGCAUAUGUCAAAGAUCCUCCGCCCGAUUAUGAGCAGAAGGUUCAACCGCCUUACGAUUUCUGGGCCGUGUUUGAGGCCAUGUACAGCCAGGCUCGUCGGGGCGAGUACGACAGCGAAUAUCACUUUGGGUGGGCGAUUUACACCGCGUUUCAAGCCGCCCAUGAUGGCCAUUUCAUUUUCUUGCCGGACGUCAUUAGUGGGAUUAUGACUUUUGGCAGGAGCAUCCCCUUGGUGUCCGUGUCACUAGACGGAACGGCGUUGCCCGCCAUUUACGCUUUGCAGGACAUAUCACGGAUUGAAGAAGGGGCGACUCCGCCGGAUCGAGUCGUGAUGAUCAAUGGAAGAGAUGCUACACAGUUCCUACUCGACUGGGCCUCUUACGGAGGUCUGCAAGACAAGGAUGCCCUCUAUAACAAUGUAUUCUUCAGUGCUGCACAGGUCUCUCUCGGCGCAAAGGGCUCAGGCAACGGGACGUUCUGCGGUGGCGGUCGGGGACGUUGGGUCUAUCCAGGACCACUGACAACGCUGACCUUCGCCAAUGGUACUACCAUUUCCAGUCAGAACUUCGCUUCCGUGCAUGUGUCCUUUAACAAUAUACGCUCAGGGGAAGACAUCUACCGUCAGCAUUUUAUCCCGAAUGCGAGUAAUGUGCAGGAUGCAGGUCAGGCCGCGGAAAACAGGACUAAGAAGGCCCCUACUCCUACUAUACUUGGAUCUUCUUCCUCGGUAACGGCCAACCCGACUUCGAUUGCGCCCGGUUAUCCCGUACCAGUUCUCUGCGAGAUGAAUAACCUCAACUCCGGCUACUUCCUCAAGGAUGAGGUAUACAAAGAUGUAGCAGUGUUAAGCGUCCAGUCUUUUGUGGAUCCCAAGGAAGAUGAACUGCCCUUCCAAGCCGUCAAUACACAAUUUUUGGCCCUUGCCACGGCCGAAGGGAAGACUAAGCUUAUCAUUGAUCUUUCGGCAAACGCUGGCGGUACCGUACUCCAAGGCUACGACUUGUUCAAACAGCUCUUCCCUUCAAUUCUCCCGUACGGUGCGAGCCGAUUUCGUGCCCAUGAAGCAUUCGACCUCAUCGGCCGAGAGGUCAGCGAGUACGCCAACCGUGUACCUCGCUCUCUUGGGAGUAAUGCAACCGCAAGACAGCUUCUAUCGUCCUCGUUGAACUACCAGACAGAUGUCUCGCAAUCGUACGAGUCGUUUCCGGACUGGGCGACCAAGUACGGUCCUCACGUCCACAAUUCGGACAAUUUCACGAGCGUUCUGCGCUGGAACAUGACCGAUAUCCUCACACCGGAUAACAGCGGUGGAAUAUAUGUUUCUGGGUAUCUGAACCGAUCCAACCUCACCUCCGGGAAGACUGCUCCUUUUCGACCGGAGAACAUUGUGAUAGUGACAGAUGGCUAUUGUGCCAGCACUUGUUCUAUCUUCGUUGAGCUCAUGUCGACUCAGGGAAAAGUCAAGACCAUCGCUCUCGGAGGACGGCCGAACAUGGAGCGUAUCCAAGCGGUGGGCGGCGUCAAAGGCGCGAAUGAUCAAACCUGGCUCUCGAUCUUCCACAAAGCCCAAAUCCCAUUUCGAUUCCAGUUUCUACACACCGCCGACCAUUACCGCUCCACGGCGCUUGGAAAGUACAACAAUCUAUGGCAGUUUCGAACCUCCCUGGCGCUGAUGAACGUGCGAGACGCUAUCCUACCUGGCCACGAUGUUCCUGCACAUUUUGUGUAUCAAGCUGCAGACUGUCGCAUGUUCUACACGCCACAAAUGAUGCUAGAUCAAAGUGCGAUAUGGCAAAAGAUAGCCGAUACGGCAUUCGGCCAUGCCAGAAACAAUUGCGUAGCGGAGAAUGAGCCCGCUUGGGAGAAGCUAGUUCUACCAUAA